AUUCUCAUUUUCUUUGUUCUUCUUCUUCUAUUCACACUCUUCUCUUUCUUCCCCCUUUUUCCUGAAGAACCCCAUUAACUAAACCCUUCACUAAUUUCAUCCUCUCCAUCCAAGAUCUGGGUCUCAAUCGGAUAAUUAAGAAAUGCCUUCUGUUUCGCCUAAAUUCACCUGGGAUUUUCGUCCCAAAACCGUCUCUGAUUUCCUUCAUCAGAUUUCCCUGCUUGCCAAUGCUUCUGACCGUGUCUCCAGGCUCGGUGAUUUCAUCAACAGCUUGGAGGAGGAAAUGAAGAAGAUCGAUGCCUUUAAGCGCGAGCUCCCCUUCUGUAUGCUUCUAUUGAACGAUGCAAUCCUUGCUUUGAAAGGCUCUUCUCUGCAAUGUGUUUCUUCUUCUUGUUCUUCCCCAAAGGCCAAACCAGUUCUGGAGGAGUUCAUUUCAUUGAACAAGGAUUCCCCUAAUGACAAUGAGAAGAAACAGGAUUGUAGAGAUAAGAAGGAAUGGAUGAGCUCUGUUCAGCUAUGGAACUCUGAUGACCUCCAAAACACUCAAACCAAAACCAAGAGAAACGAGGGGUGUGGGUAUUUAGCUACUGCUGCAGAGGAUAGGUUUCCACCAUGUAGAAACAAGAACGAGGAGAGAUUAUUUGUUGGGUUCAAGUCAUCUUCUUCUGCUUUUCCAGCCAUGGCUGCUGUGAACAAGCAAGAGAAGAUGGAGUCUCCCAUGUGUGCACUUUCUUUGGUCACUCCCAGUUUGAAGAAUCCUAAACAAGAAUUGGGUUCCUGUGUUUUGGGGUCGAGUGGCAACCGAGCGACUUUGCCGUCUGCUCCCGAUGCUCUGUCGAAUCUACGCACGGUGUUGUCACCACAGCAUCAGCAGCCUGCCCGGAAGCAGAGGAGGUGCUGGUCUCCGGAGUUGCAUCGACGAUUCGUGAAUGCCUUGCAGCAACUUGGAGGUUCACAAGUUGCAACGCCGAAGCAAAUAAGAGAGAUGAUGCAGGUAGAUGGCCUGACCAAUGAUGAAGUAAAAAGUCAUUUACAAAAAUACCGUCUUCAUACACGACGACUUCCCUCGACUCCAGCUACCAGAGCAGCAGACCGAUCUCCAGUCGUUCUAGGAGAUUUAUGGACAUCCCAAGAUGGGUGUGGUGAGUCCUCAAAAGUGAGCAGCUCCCAGUCAGCCUCACCACAAGGUCCAUUCCAGUUGGCUGGAAACGGAGGGUAUUCAACGACGGGAGGCGACAGUAUGGAGGACGAGGAAGAUACAAAAUCCGAAAGCUACGAGUACUUGAAAACCGAGGCUCACACGAGCAAAAGAUGAUGUAUAAAAUACAACAACACAUUGAAGUUUAUCAAUCACAGAAGGAUUGUUGUACACAAAGUACAUAAAAGAGGAGAAAAGAAGAUGGAGAGGCUGUGAAUUAUUUUUGCAGAAUUAGUUUUAUUUUUUUUAGAUCUUGUUUGUAUUGAUAAAGAAGAUUGUUAUUUAGGCUGCAUUUUUGGGUCAUUUUCAGCUCAACGAACUGAUCUACCGAUACACGAAAGAUUCAAAAUC